UUGGUUCUCGCGAGAGCUCCCCCUCAGUGGGGAUUAUAUAAUGUCCCUUAGGUGGGGGUGGGGGUGCUGGUGCCACCCUCCCUCAGAAAAAGUUAGGAGCAAGCACAGGUAGGAGCAAGAGUUGUCUAUGGGGGGGGAAAGGGUACUGUUUCCCACUGCCCCCCCUAGUUAGCUGGACAAUGAGUCCUCUUAUGCUAAUGAGGUACUUACGUCACUUCCGCUCUUUCUCGGCCGCCAUUUUGGCUAGGGCAGGUUCGGGGACUUGCUCUGAGGCGCUUGUAUUGUCUGCUGAGGGGAGACGCGGGAUCAGCCCCCCUCCCCCGCCCGUUGCUGCCGCCGCCUCCGCCGGCCCGGUCUCCCCUCCGCCGCCCGCCGGGAUCCAUGAACUGAACUCCCGCCCCCCCGGCCGCCGCCAUCUUGUGCCCCCUCCCCCUCCCGCGGGCAGCGCUAAGGGGGAUUUUGGCGUCUCCUCAGACACAGCUCCCUCUCUCGGUCCCCGCUGCUGAGGAGUGAGAGGAGCGCGGCCGUCGCCGCCCGCCUGCCCGCGCCGGUGAAGCCGCCUCUCCCACACCCUCCGUCUCCUCCCUCCGCCCCUCCUUUGUCUGCACCGCUCGACGACGCUGCCGCCGCCGCCCGCGCGGGGGACUGGAGGGAGCCGCUCGCGCCGCCGCCGCCGCCCGCCGCUCUGCUGCGCCCGCCGCGCCCCCCGGCAGCAGCCGCGGCCGCGGCGCGAGCCGGACCCCGCCGAGGCCGCCGAGCCGGAGCGCGACGAGGCCCCGGGCGCGCCCUCGCCGCCGCCAGCGCCGUGCCGCCGCCAUCCGCCCGCCGCCGCCGCCCGGCCCCCGAGCACGCCGGCCCCGCGCGCGCCUCGAGGCCGAGUCAAGGUGUGAGAUGCACAAUGCGAAACCUAGGCCCCAGCUUUUGCACCAUGAUGCACAGGGUUGUACUUUUUGUACUGAACUGAUAGGUGGCCUAGUGGUUAUGCCCUGUACUACCAUUUUGAGGAUCUGGACUCCGUUCCUGCCUUGCUCUUUGGACCACAUUGUCAAUUCACACCGAGUGCAGGAAAAGUUCUAAUACUAUUUAUAUUAAAAAUAAAACGUCACCAUGUUGAACAGACUAAGUGUCAAAAACUAUGUUCCAACUUCCUGUCAACAAUCUUGGCAGUUUAAGAAAAGCCCGGAAAACUGUGAAAAAAAUACUUAGUGACAUUGGGUUGGAAUACUGUAAAGAACACAUAGAAGAUUUUAAACAGUUUGAACCUAAUGACUUUUAUUUGAAAAACACUACAUGGGAGGAUGUAGGACUGUGGGACCCUUCACUUACAAAAAACCAGGACUAUCGGACAAAACCUUUUUGCUGCAGUGCUUGCCCAUUUUCUUCAAAAUUUUUCUCUGCCUACAAAAGUCAUUUCCGGAAUGUCCAUAGUGAAGACUUUGAAAAUAGGAUUCUCCUUAAUUGCCCCUACUGUACCUUCAAUGCAGACAAAAAGACUUUGGAAACACACAUUAAAAUAUUUCAUGCUCCAAACGCCAGCGCACCAAGUAGCAGCCUCAGCACUUUCAAAGAUAAAAGCAAAAGCGAUGGCCUUAAACCUAAGCAGGCUGACAGUGUAGAGCAAGCUGUUUAUUACUGUAAGAAGUGCACUUACCGAGAUCCUCUUUAUGAAAUAGUUAGGAAGCACAUUUACAGGGAACAUUUUCAGCAUGUGGCAGCACCUUACAUAGCAAAGGCAGGAGAAAAAUCACUCAAUGGUGCAGUCCCCUUAGGCACAAAUGCCCGGGAAGAAAGUAGUAUUCACUGCAAGCGAUGCCUUUUCAUGCCAAAGUCCUACGAAGCUUUGGUACAGCAUGUCAUUGAAGACCAUGAACGCAUAGGCUAUCAGGUCACUGCCAUGAUUGGGCACACAAAUGUGGUGGUUCCCCGAUCCAAACCCUUGAUGUUGAUUGCUCCCAAACCUCAAGACAAGAAGGGCAUGGGACUCCAAUCAAGAAUUGGUUCCCUCGCUUCUGGAAACGUCCGGUCUUUACCAUCACAGCAGAUGGUGAAUCGACUCUCAAUACCAAAGCCUAACUUAAAUUCUACAGGAGUCAACAUGAUGUCUAAUGUUCACCUACAGCAGAACAACUAUGGAGUCAAAUCUGUAGGCCAGGGCUAUGGCGUUGGUCAGUCAAUGAGACUGGGUCUAGGUGGCAACGCACCAGUUUCCAUCCCUCAACAGUCUCAGUCUGUGAAGCAGUUACUUCCAAGUGGAAAUGGAAGAUCUUACGGACUUGGGUCAGAGCAGAGGACCCAGGCACCAGCAAGAUACUCGCUGCAGUCUCCAAAUGCUUCGUCUCUCUCAUCGGGCCAGUUAAAGUCUCCUUCCCUCUCCCAGUCACAGGCAUCCAGAGUAUUAGGUCAGUCCAGUUCCAAACCUACUGCAGCUGCCACUGGCCCUCCCCCACCCAAUACUUCCUCAACUCAGAAGUGGAAAAUAUGUACAAUCUGUAAUGAGCUUUUUCCUGAAAAUGUCUAUAGUGUGCACUUCGAAAAAGAACAUAAAGCUGAGAAAGUCCCAGCAGUAGCCAACUACAUUAUGAAAAUACACAAUUUUACUAGCAAAUGCCUCUACUGUAAUCGCUAUUUGCCCACAGACACUCUGCUCAACCAUAUGUUAAUUCAUGGUCUGUCUUGUCCAUAUUGCCGUUCAACUUUCAAUGAUGUGGAAAAGAUGGCGGCACACAUGCGGAUGGUUCACAUUGACGAAGAGAUGGGACCUAAAACAGACUCUACUCUGAGUUUUGAUUUGACAUUGCAGCAGGGCAGUCACACUAACAUCCAUCUCCUUGUAACUACGUACAACCUGAGGGAUGCCCCUGCUGAAUCUGUUGCUUACCAUGCCCAAAACAACCCUCCAGUCCCUCCAAAGCCACAGCCAAAAGUUCAGGAAAAGGCAGAUAUCCCUGUUAAAAGUUCACCUCAAGCUGCAGUGCCCUAUAAAAAGGAUGUCGGGAAAACCCUUUGCCCUCUUUGCUUUUCCAUCCUAAAAGGACCCAUAUCUGAUGCACUUGCACAUCACUUAAGAGAGAGGCACCAAGUUAUUCAGACGGUUCACCCAGUGGAGAAAAAGCUCACCUACAAAUGCAUCCACUGCCUUGGCGUGUAUACCAGCAACAUGACCGCCUCGACUAUCACUCUGCAUCUGGUCCACUGCAGGGGUGUCGGAAAGACCCAGAAUGGCCAAGAUAAGACAAAUGCACCCUCUCGGCUUAACCAGUCACCAGGCCUGGCACCUGUGAAGCGCACUUACGAGCAAAUGGAAUUUCCCUUGCUGAAAAAGCGAAAGUUAGAUGAUGAUAGCGAUCCGCCCAGCUUCUUUGAAGAGAAGCCUGAGGAGCCUGUUGUUUUAGCCUUGGACCCCAAGGGUCAUGAAGAUGAUUCCUAUGAAGCCAGGAAAAGCUUCCUGACAAAGUACUUCAACAAGCAGCCCUAUCCCACCAGGAGAGAAAUUGAGAAGCUGGCGGCCAGUUUAUGGUUGUGGAAGAGUGACAUUGCUUCCCAUUUUAGUAACAAGAGGAAGAAGUGUGUCCGAGACUGUGAAAAGUAUAAGCCUGGUGUGUUACUGGGCUUCAACAUGAAAGAAUUAAACAAAGUUAAGCAUGAGAUGGAUUUUGAUGCUGAGUGGCUAUUUGAAAAUCAUGAUGAGAAGGAUUCCAGAGUCAAUGCUAGUAAAACUGCUGACAAAAAGCUCAACCUUGGGAAGGAAGAUGACAGUUCCUCAGACAGUUUUGAAAAUUUGGAAGAAGAAUCCAAUGGAAGUGAUAGCCCUUUUGACCCUGUUUUUGAAGUUGAGCCUAAAAUCCCUAAUGAUAACCCAGAGGAACACAUACAGAAGGUAAUUUCUGAGGAUGCUUUAGAGUCUGAGAAGCUAGACCAAAAAGAGGAGGAUGGUUCAAAAUAUGAAACUAUUCAUUUGACUGAGGAACCAACCAAACUAAUGCAUGACGCCUCUGAUAGUGAGGUGGACCAAGAUGAUGUUGUCGAGUGGAAAGAUGGUGCUUCUCCAUCUGAAAGCGGCCCUGGUUCCCAACAGGUGUCAGACUUCGAGGACAACACAUGUGAGAUGAAAACAGGAACCUGGUCCGAUGAGUCUUCCCAGAGUGAAGAUGCAAGGAGCAGUAAGCCAGCUGCCAAAAAAAAGGCUACCAUGCAAGGUGACAGAGAGCAGUUGAAAUGGAAGAAUAGUUCCUAUGGAAAAGUUGAAGGGUUUUGGUCCAAGGACCAGUCACAAUGGAAGAAUGCAACUGAAAAUGAUGAGCGCUUAUCCAACCCACAGAUUGAGUGGCAGAAUAGCACAAUUGACAGUGAGGAUGGGGAGCAGUUUGACAACAUGACUGAUGGAGUAGCUGAGCCGAUGCAUGGCAGCUUGACCGGAGUUAAACUGAGCAGCCAACAGGCUUAAGGGCCAGGUUCUCUGGCAUUGGUGACAAAUGCUGCAGCCUGGAACUCUGUUCUCCUUUCAGUAUGACUGCAAAGCUGUAUUCUAACUGGUACUGCCUUUUGAGUGCUGGGUCAUCAGGCUGUGGGGACAUGUGGCCACUCUGAUCCAAGUGGUUAUUUCUAAGUCUAUGACACAUGAUUGGCUGAUCGUGCUUUAGAACGUGCUGUGACAGGCACAGUAACUAAAUGUGAAAAACCAGUAAGUUGGGGGCUCAUGAACGCACACGAGAAAAAGCAGAGGUUUAUCUGCCUUCUCAACAUGUCUUUCCCUCUGUAAAAUGUUUGGUUGGAUGUCCUUGAGAAGCGUUCUCUUGAUUCAAACGGUAGUGUAGGGCCAACGUACAAGCUACCAGUCCAAUGUGUAUAGUAGACUUCGGGGAAAUUGAUUUUUUUUCAUGUAUUCAUUCUGAAUAGUUGAAAUGUAUAUUUGUACAGUCUUUUAGACCUAUUCAAGUGAUGCUUAUGAUAUUGUUAUUGUGUACCCAUCAUAGAUUUGUUUCUUUUUUUAGUGUUGCCCUUGCUGUGUUAAUAAGCGCUGUAUCUAGUUGACCUAGCAAAAGCCUGAAACUACGCUAGUGUGGACUUCGGGACAGACUUAGUUUUUGCACAUAACCUUGUACAAUCUCGCAACAGAGGCCAGCCACAUAAGAUAUAUAUCUGGACUCUCUUGUAUUAUAGAAUUUUUCUUGUUCUGAAUAUCCUUGACAUUACAGCUGACAAAAACAAAAACUGGUAUUUCAGAUGUUUUCUGAAAUCUUUUAAGCUAAAAUCACAUGCAAGAAUUGACUUUGCAGCUACUAAUUUUGACACCUUUUAGAUCUGUAUGAAAGUGUGUUGUGUUGAAGCAGCAAACCAAUGACUGCUGCCUUUUGGAUAUUUAGUUUUAUCUUUAGUUAAACACCACCCUGGUGUAGUCAUUUAUACCAUCUAAUAUAUGACACACUGUUGUAGUAUGUAUAAUUUUGUGAUCUUUAUUUCCCUUUGUAUUCAUUUUAAGCAUCUAAAUAAAUUGCUGUAUUGUGCUUAAUGUAAA